AUGUGCCCUACAUCCUGAUUGCAACAGGCUCAGUUGUCAUCCUUCUAGGUACCUUUGGCUGUUUUGCCACCUGCCGGGGGAGCACAUGGAUGCUAAAAUUGUAUGGCAUGUUCUUAACCCUUAUCUUCCUUGUUGUGCUGGUGGUGGCCAUUGUGGGUUUCGUCUUCCGACAUGAGAUUAAAGACAGUUUUAAGAAGAACUAUGAAACUGCUGUGGAGAAAUACAGCGGGAGCAAAGAUGAGCGCAGCAAGGCAGUUGAUACCAUUCAGACCACGUUGCAUUGCUGCGGCGUGCUCAACUUCACUGACUGGAACACGAGUGCCUACUUCAAGCAGAAUGGGAUUCCCGUGAGCUGCUGCAAGUCCUUAAACAACUGCACAACGGCAGAUCUGAAGGAUCUUGAAAAAGCCAAAGGGAAGGUGUAUGAAAACGGUUGUUUCAAUUUGGUGGUGAAAACGAUGGAUUCUAAAAUGAGCGUUGUCGCCGGGGUCUCCUUUGGGACCGCUUGCUUCCAGUUAGUUGGGAUCUUCCUUGCCUGUUGCCUUUCUCGAUCCAUUACAAAUAAUCAGUAUGAGAUGGUGUAACUUGCAAGCCUGGACAUUCGCAGUUUGCUGCAAGACAGUGAUGAUUCUGGAAAGCGUGCAAGCAAACCCACAAACAUUUGGGCUAUCAUUUGUUCUUGACAGCCACAUUUCAGAAGCUAGUGCUGCUGAACACAGAAGGAUUAGUUAUCAGCAAUUCUGAGAUCGCCAAUCGUUCGUUUAAUCACUUUUCAGUGACAGCCCAGAUGAUGUUGUAAGCAUCAAUUGUUGUUUGUGUUACCCUCACGCCUUUCCUGACACCUGAUGAAUGGUGAUUUUUUUAAAUGCCAUUGUGAUACGGGUCUCUCUUAUAGAAUAUUAAAACACUUUUGGAGGGCUUUCUAUUGCCUUUAGAAACCGCCUCUUUGGA